AUGGCAGCGGUGACGGAGUCGGAGGUAGCGGGGUCGUUCUCUAAGAUUGGGGAGGACCCUUCCGACAAGGACUUCAUCGGGAAAUGCGUUUCUCUGUGCCAACGGUUCUCCCUGUCGGCCGGCGACCUUGCCGACCACUGGGAGUCCUUCGCCGUCAACCACGACGGCAGUAGGCUGGGGAUGUCCUCCUGGGCAGGCUUCGAGACCGAGGUCGCAAAGAGCAAGGCGGCGGCGUCGACACCCCCCGCCGCCUCCACCGGUACCGCAAGCACUCCGUCUGCUGCUUCUCGGAGCAGCAGCAGGCCUUCUAGCGCGUCGAUCGUGACGCCACGCCCGGCUGGCCGAAGGGUGGUGAACACCGUCACCUCGGAGGACCUCGCUUCCUCCGGGACGAAGCGGCCGAUGCUGCCGUUCUCCAGCCCGAACCCCAAGGCGAGGAGCAAGCUGGCCCGGCAGGACGGGGAGGGCGGGGACGGGGCCAGCCUGUCCCCGACGUCGGUGCAGUCCCCGCCGGACCUGGUGCGGGCCGUGUACUCCUCGCGCAAGAACGCGGGGCAAAAGACGGCGUCUUACAACCCGGCCCUGGGGCUUCGGGGGCUGUCGGUGGCCCCCUCCCCGCGGCAAGCCGGCACCCGGUGCGACGUGGUGGUGGACGGGGCUGUGGGCGCGCCGGCGCGGUACCGGUACAUGUACACGCCGCUGGAGGAGAGGGCCGCCGCGCUCGAGAAGGGCCUCGUGGCCUUGCAGGGCCAGAUGGAGAGGAAAUUCGGGCUGACGGAGAUCACUCCCGUCGGGGUGCCGAGGCAGGAGCAGGUGGUGGCGGUGGGGCGCGUCUGCUGCGAGUCGACGGAGGGCAAGAUCAAUCGCGCGUCUAUCCUGCUGGAGGGUUCCCGACGCGACAGCAGCGGUCAGCGGGCGCACCUCGAUCUCCGGGAGCUCCAGUCCUUCGCCCUCUUCCCGGGCCAGGUCGUGGCCGUCCAGGGCGUCAACGGCUCCGGCGGCCGCAUGGUGGCCCGCGGGAUCAUCGACGGAGUGCCUCGCCCUCUCCCGUCCUCGCGGCCCUCCGACCUCCUCCGCGCCCAGCACGGGGCGGAGCUCGGCGGCGGGAAGGCGCUCUCCAUCUUCGCCGCCGCGGGCCCGUUCACGACCAGCGACAGCCUCGUGUACGAGCCGCUGAACGACCUGCUGGGGGCGGUGAGGGCGGCGCGGCCGGACGUGGUGGUGCUCAUGGGACCCUUCGUGGACUCCGAGCACCCUAAGGUGGCCAGCGGAGACGCGACGAUCGAGUGCGUCGACGGCGGUUCGGAGUCGGUGGACUUCGAGACCCUGUUCCGCCUCCGCCUGUCGGAGAAGCUGGACAAGCUCUUCGCCGACGACAGGGACCUGCCCACACAGUUCGUGCUGGUGCCGUCGUUGAGGGACGUGUUCCACGAGUUUGUCUACCCGCAGCCCCCGUUCCACGACCGCGUGGAAGGAGGCGUCGAGCUCGGUGUCGGGGCGUACCCGGAAGAGCGCAUGUUCGUGCUCGACGUGCCCAAGACGGGAGCAAGAACAACAAGCGGAGGUGCCUCCGCCGCCGCCGCCGCGCGGCAGAAGCGGGUUCACCUCGCGCCGAACCCGGCGUGGCUGCGCGUGAACGAGGUUACGAUCGGGGUGUCCUCGACGGACGCCCUGUUCGACCUGUCGGGGGACGAGGUCAGCGCCGGAGGCAAGGGCACCAACAGGCUGGCGAGGCUCGCGGGCCACCUGCUGCAGCAGCAGUCGUUCUACCCGCUCUUCCCGCCGCCCGCGGGCUCGGCGGCGCAGCUCGACAUGCGCCACGCGCACCGCUGGGGCAUGCCGGCCACACCUGACGUGCUGCUCGUGCCGUCCAGGCUGGCGCAGUUCGCGCGACAAGUGCAGGGCUGCCUGUGCGUGAAUCCGGGUCAGCUGUCCAAGGGCACGGGCGGAGGGACCUACGCCGAGUUAGCCGUGCACCCCAUGCCGCAGGAGACGUUAGCAAAGAAGCAGGAGGAGCUGGCGGACAAGCCCGACGCUACGGUCGAGCACGACGUGGCUAAGCGCACGUGCGUGGAGAUCAGGAGAAUCUAGUCGGCGAACGCCACGCGCGCGGCAGAGGACGACGGUUUAGAAGACGAAGAGAUAAAGUGUUAAUAGGACUAUUUACUAUUUACAACCUAAAACACUUGGGCACGAGGUGCACGGCAGGAUUAUUAUAGGUGCCGAGAGGGGGAGAUUGACUGCUUCAGGAGAUCACGGGGAACGUUUUUUCGUGGAAAUAUUUAAAAUUGUACCGUAGAGUGAUUCGUGAUCAGGGAGCGCGCAGCAGGCGGGGGAGCAGAGAGAGGGUAAAGGGGGGGAGGGAGGGAGGGAGAGAGUAAGAGAGUGAGAGAGAGGGAAAGAGGUCAUGCUUCGCGACAACGCAUCCACCAAAAAGCUAGGGAGGCGCCUUGUAUGUUGCAACAGGAGAAAACAAGCAGCUCUUUCGUCAUCCUAAUGAAUCGAGGUCUCCCAAGGGGAGCUCUUCCUUCAUCUGGGAGACUCUGUAAUUUCUUUGGACGAUGUGGCGGAGGGGAUGGGUUGAUCCUUUGCGCCCUGUUUCCUCUUGGAAUCGUAGCUGCUCUCGCUUGUGGUUGGUGUUCGCUCCCGUUGUGUGUGUCUCUCAGCGUGAGCUACUCGAUGGCAGCCUUGUACGCGAGUCGAGGCAGGGCAUGUACUGCUAUCGCUGUAGUGAUGCUAUCCGUUCGGAUACCGUAUUCCGCUUGACGACAUCAGCGUGUCGCGUUUCAUGCUUACGCGUGGCUAACACCCCCCCGGCAAUCAAGUCGACCGUGAAAGGGUUUUUAAGUUCACGCGUUGAGCAUUCAGGGCAUGAUGAGAUGUCACGCUACUUUUGGCCCCACUUUGGGGCGUUCUUUUUACCUACGCGGUGUGUUUUCGCGCCGGUGGUG